AGCCACCGAAAAUACUUGUUGUGCGAAGGUUUAGAUCAACGCUAGAUAAUACCGGCUGGGCAAAAUGAAUACGGUUUUAUCACGUUUAAAUACGAUAUUUGCUUUUACAUUAAGUGUGAUGGCAGCUCUUACCUUUGGUUGCUUCUUAACUACUGCAUUUAAUGAUAAUUUAGCGCCAGUGCAUAUAGAUACAUUUAAACACUCUGUAAAGAGUGGUUAUACUCCAUACAAUGAAAGGAGUGAGAAAGGAGAUUUUGUGUUUGACUUGCAAGCAGAUCUAAAUCCUUUAUUCAACUGGAAUGUAAAACAACUGUUUUUGUACUUGACUGCUGAAUACCAGACACAAAACAAUGUUUUGAACCAAGUAGUUUUGUGGGACAAGAUAAUUUUGCGAGGAAACAAUGCAUUGCUUGACUACAGAAGUAUAAAAAUGAAGUAUCCAUUUUUUGAUGAUGGCAAUGGACUGAAGGGUCAUGAUAACAUCACGCUCUCUCUCUCAUGGAAUGUCAUUCCAAAUGCUGGCAUGCUUCCGCGUAUCUAUGGUGAUGGACAGACUUCAUUUUCUCUACCUAUUGAAUAUUCAAAUCGACAGAUGUAAAAAAGUUCAAGGGAUUAUUUAUACAACAGCUAUAUUAUUUUGCACAUUUUCAGUUGCCUAGUUUGUUUUUGAUUACACGUUAAACACUUGCAUAUCAAAGCGUGGACAACAAUAGAUGAAGGCCUAUUUAACUAUAAUUGUGUUCCGAUUGAAUGUUGCACUUAAUUCAGGUGUAUUUUAAAAUUUAUAAGGGAGCUUUUAAUUUGUUCGACGACGCAACACUAGAACGGAAUCACUCAUGUGUAACCAUCCUAACGGGCAUCCUACGUUCUGUCCAUACACAGAUUUGGCCAAAUUGAGAUGAGGAAACUCGGAUGCGCAGAUGACUUUUAGUGGCGUCAUUACGUUGUACGUCCUACCUUUGUCGUGCAAUUGGUAGCUCCUUACUACCUGCAUCAAAAGAGCUUAUUGAAGGGCUUAAGCCCUGUUGGCCAUUACUAGUUGGAAUAAAGCAUUUUUUCUUUAAAUUUUUAUUUUUUAAGUUCCCACAAACGGCUGUGUAAAAGAACGCAUAUGCAUCUGUAGGAUAAACACGUAACCCAGGCCAUAUUAAGUUUGAUCGGGAGUUCAUCUGGAAUUGAUAUGCAAAAUAAAAAAGAAGCUUUUAGUGAUUAUUGUACUCCAAUUUUGUUCAUUUCUACUAGCAUUCCAGUAGCAUUGUAGGAUGUGAAUACAAUAAUAAAUGUGCUUGUUGCAACUCAUGACUAUUAAGUAAACAAGCACAAAUGAAUCCAUGUUUUUUAUACUCUAUUAUAUAGUAUUAUCUUUGUACAACUUUUAUUGAAAAUUUUUUCUACAUUACAAUCAGAUGACCAAUCCAUUACAUUGAUUUACAGAAAUGAAAUACAUUCAAAAUUAACUAUAAUAUAUACACUCAUAAUAAUUGGCUGUUUGUAAUAAGAAUGUUUUGAUGGACACACUAACAUUAUUAAUAUUAAGGCAGUUCAUUUUGUGUAAUGGGUGAGGGUCAGUUUACAGCAUCAAUGAAGAAAUACAGCUUUACAAAAUUAUAUACUGUAAAGCCUCGAUUUGAAGCCCUCCCCCCUCUUAUUUUAGUUUGCAAAAUUAGCUUCAAAAAGAAGCCUAUGGCCUUCUUUUCGAGAUAGUAUACAGUACAUACACUGCGCAUGAAUUUCAAAAAACAAAAUAAAUUAAAAAUAAGCUUGCUUUGUGCAUUAGUUUAGGCCCCAU